AUGGCCCCCUAUUCCGUAUUAACUCCUGCUUCUUCUGCUACUAAUGCCAACACGCAUCCCGGGGAUCUGCGUGACGCAGCGGCGGAUUUGCGGGUCCUCGCCGCCAGGAACGGACAUCACAGCCACGGACUUCCUCCGGGCAGCGCUCAUGUCCUGCUAGAUUCGCUCGGCAUGGUCUCAUCGUCCUCGUCCACACCUCCUCUCUCAUCCGCCACGCCAAUGACGGUUCCUGGCCGCUCAGACUGGCCGCUUCUGCACGUUGAUCUAGGCCCUGAUGCUGCCGGCCUUGACACUUCCGCAAUGCCUCCGAUUGAGCCCUGUCAAAACGUCUUUGGUUUUCUCAACAGCAUGACCAUGCCGGGCCAUGCAGCCCCUGAAGGUGUUGUCCAGGAUGAAGAUACUCGUCUUCGGAAUCCCAUCACCGGCUCCGGCACGCAAUCCGACUUUCUCAUGCAUGACGUGAGGUCCCGGAUUCUUACCAAGCGCCGCGGUCUCAAUGCCACUACGGUGCUUUCCACGAGGGCGAUCCUUGGCCAGGUGUGCGCGUAUCCCGCCAUGAUGGUCAAAGGACCUAUUCUUCCUCCGUUUAUUCAUAGCCGGUGCAGUUUAGAUGAUAGCUUGACACAUGAUUGCGCAAAGGCUCAGAAACACAAUUGUUUAAGGAGGACGUUGAGUAUAUGUGCUUCCCUGGUGGGAAUGUGGUUGGACAAGACCCCGGUCAACAGUCCUUUUGUGUGGGAGACGAUAUACAAUGAAGUUGCCAGACUACAGAAAGAGCACGAGGCAUACGAUUCUGAAACAUUGCUAGAGGCAGUUCAAGCAUUGACAGUAUACCUCUUACUUCAAGCACAGGACACAGAGACUCUAGCAAAGAACGAUGUCAAAUUCCUCCUCAUCACAAUAGGCGAAAUUGGCCAGAAGAUGCAUACAACACUCGGAUACAACACCGUCUUAGACACCAUCGAAACCCCUUUCUGCCGUUCAACCUGGGUCCUCUAUGAAAGCUCACGAAGAACACUAUCCCUCCUCUACGUCGUCGAAAUGUUCCUCGAAGUCACCCUCCGCCAACACGAAGCCCGCUGCUGCCAAUCCUUCGCCAACGCGCCCCUCCCCUGCACCCGCGAGCUCUGGGAAGUCCCCUCCACCUACGAGUGGAGCAAGCGCUACGCCGCGUUCCUCCGCGGCAGGGCCGUCGACAAGAUCCUCACCUUGGCCGACUACAAGCUGUCGCACCAGCUGUCGGCGGAGGAGCUCGUCAGCGGGACCGGGACGGGAGAGGGCGGUGGGAGCAUCACGCAGGAUGUCAUAAGGUGGUGUGAGGGUUUGGAUCAGUUUGGGACGUUGAUUUCGCUGGCGGCGACGUUGGUCAAGUAUGAGAAUGGGCCGUCGAUAAUAGGGAGUCAUGUGUAUAAUAAGAUUGCAUAG